AUGCCUCCAAAAGCCACAAAGCACAAGCAGAAUAGGUUGAACGUGAAGAAGAAUCGACAGUUGCAGCAGAAGAUGGAGAACUUGAAGGCUGCCGAUGACACCUCGCAAGACACCGGCUCUGAUGUCACGAAACCGGAUACGACGAUCACCCCAACCAAACAGCCUUUAUUUGAAACGUGGGAAAAAGUCGAAGCGGGGUGGUUCUUGCCGGAAACCUUGGCAGUUCUUGUAAAUGUCGCAGCUCCUCAGGCCAGGCGCCUCACCCGCGAGGUGCAGUCUGACAUCGAGCUGAUGUGA